GCAUGUGUGUGUCGGAGGCUCAUUAAUAAUUUAUGAGGUGGGAGGGGUGAAGGAGAGGGGGCGGUGACAGAUGGAGAAUCAGUGUGUGUGUGAGAGAGAGAGAGUGUACAGACUGAGAAACAGCGAGUGCAAAGACAGAGAGAGAAAGGGAUAGAGAGAGUGAGGAAGAAGAAAAUAGAUUGAAUGAAAGAGAUGGACAGAGUGUAGUGUUUUCCUCCAUUUUUACAGUUGUUACAUCUGUUGUCUUUGCGUCUCUGGUGGAUUUGACUGACCGAUGCUCAGUCUUUGUGUUUGCUGUUUUCUCUUUGGUUUCUUGGAUGCUGAAGGAUUGAUGGGAAUGGGGAUACAACACAGUCACCUAGCAAUGCUGUACACCUGGACGCAAGAGCUGCACUGACAGAGGUCUGCUAAGUGGUCACAACAGAGAGGGUGGACAGACAGACGAUAAGUGUCCACAUCAGUGAACGUACUUGGUGCGGCUGUCAGGAGAACCAUCUAGUCAAUCAGGAGAGGUGAGGGGCGAGGCCAGCCAAUUGGAGGGGGAGAGAUGUUGGGGCAGGGUGGGCAUGUGGCCCUGGCUCUCAUGUCAUUACUGCUGCUACUGUGGCGCGAAGCAGCACCCAUCGAAGUCCCACAAGAUCCAAAGAUCCUGCAAGACCUGAAGCAACCCCCCACUAUAGUCAAACAGUCAGUGAAGGACUACAUUGUCGACCCCCGAGAUAACAUCAUCAUCGAGUGUGAGGCCAAGGGCAACCCAGUGCCAACGUUCUCAUGGCGAAGGAACGGGAAGUUUUUCAACAUCGGGAAAGAUCCCAGGGUGACGAUGCGAAAACGCUCGGGAACUCUGGAGAUCGGUUUCCGAAGCGGAGGACGACCAGAGGACUACGAAGGAGAGUACCAGUGUUUUGCCAGCAAUGACUUUGGAGUGGCUCUGUCCAACAAAAUCCUGCUCCGGGUCUCCAAGGCUCCUUUAUGGCCUAAAGAGGUGCUGGAGCCAGUGGUGGUCACUGAAGGCUCCCCGCUGGUUCUACCCUGCAACCCCCCACCAGGCCUGCCUCCUCCGUUCACCUUCUGGAUGAACAGCGCUAUGACUCCGAUCCCUCAGGAUAAGAGAGUGUCCAUGGGUUUGAACGGGGACCUGUACUUCUCCAACGUUUUGGCCAAAGACGCGCACACUGACUACAGCUGCAAUGCUCGCUUCCUCUUCACACACACCAUUCAGCAGAAGAACCCCUUCACCCUCAAAGUUCUGACCAGCCGUAAAGUAGCCGAGUCCACGCCAACCUUCCUCUCACCUUCAGGGAGUGAGAGCUCCAAAAUGGUGCUACGAGACGAGCAACUGCUGCUGGAGUGUAUCGCUGCUGGACUUCCAACGCCCACCAUCAAGUGGUUUAAGAAGGGUGGGGACCUGCCAGGACGGAAAGUGAAGUUUGAGAACUACAACAAGACCCUGAAGAUUAUCAACGUGUCAGAAGAGGAUGCUGGGGAAUAUGUAUGCAUGGCCAACAAUCAUUUAGGCAGCAUACGUCACUCCAUCUUUGUUCAGGUCAAAGCGGCUCCUUAUUGGCUGGACAAACCUACAAACCUGGUGCUAGCCCCAGAUGAGAAUGGGCGCCUGGUGUGUCGGGCCAAUGGCAACCCUAAACCUAACAUCCAGUGGCUGAUCAAUGGACAGCCUAUAGACAGCUCUCCCCCCAACCUGAGCAGACAGGUGCUGGGUGACACAAUCAUCUUUCGCUCGGUGCAGAUGGGAAGCAGCGCCGUCUACCAGUGCAACGCCUCCAACCAGCACGGCUAUCUGCUGGCCAAUGCCUUCGUCAGCGUCCUCGACAUGACUCCGAGGAUGCUGGGCCCUAAAAACCAGCUGAUUAAAGUCAUCGAGAACAACCGCACCUUCCUGGACUGUCCCUUCUUCGGUUCCCCUCUGCCAGAGUUACGCUGGUUUAAGAACGGACAGGGCAGUGGGCUGGACGGCGGUCAGUACCGGGUUUACAUCAACGGCACCCUAGAGAUCAAACGGGCCCGAGCAGAGGACGAGGGCACCUACACCUGUGUGGCCAACAGCAUCCUGGGUACAGCAGAGAACCAGGUCCGCCUGGAGGUCAAAGAACCGACUGGUAUAGUUCGAGCCCCGGAGCACCAGUCAGCCAUCAGGGGCUCCACGGCUCGCUUUGACUGUAAGGUGAAGUCUGAUCCCAGCCUACCCAUCACUGUGACCUGGACAAAGGAUGACAAGCCUCUCCACCUGGGAUGGAGGCUGAGGAAAGACGAGGAGUCGCUGACCAUCCCCAAUGUGAAUGAGGGCGAUGAGGGAACAUACACCUGCACUGUUAAAUCUGAGAUAGACCAGGACUCAGCCUCAGCCCGCCUCACUGUGUUAGAGGAAGCCUCCCUCAACCCCUCAGUCUCUAGUGCCUUGCCUCCAGACCGUCCAGACCCUCCCAUGGAUCUGGAUCUGUCGGACCCAGCAGCCCGCAGCGUUCGCCUCACCUGGAUCCCCGGAAACGACCACAGGAGCCCAAUCACACAGUUCUUGGUCCAGUUUGAGGAGGACCGCUGGGAGCCGGGCAAGUGGCAGGACCUGUCCACGUACCCCGGAGACCUCAACUCAGUCAUCCUGCAGCUCGCCCCCUUUGUCAACUACCAGUUCAGGGUCAUCGCCAUAAACAAAGUGGGCCAGAGUCAGCCCAGCGGCCCCUCGCCACGAUACAAGACCAGCGGAGCUGCCCCAGAUGCCAUUCCCAGAGGUCUACGAGGAUGGGGCUCCAAGAAGGACAAUAUGGAGAUCACCUGGGAGCCUCUGCUUGACCUGGAGAGAAAUGGCCUAAACCUGCACUACAAUGUGUGGUGGAGACGGAAGGAUUUGGGAGAGGAGUGGAGUAAUGUGACCACAGUGCGGUCCAAACAUGUUGUCCACAACACAGAAACCUACAUGCCUUAUGAGAUCAAAAUCCAGGCCAGGAAUGAGUUUGGACCAGGACCUGAGUCUAACGUGGUCAUUGGAUACUCUGGAGAGGACAAGCCCACCGACGCUCCCACUGACCUGCGGGUGUCAAAGGUCGACAGCACCAAGGCGAACAUUCACUGGAAGCCUGUAGACCCAGACUCUGUGCAGGGAGAGUUCAAGGAGUACAGACUGUGCUACUGGCGCGAGUCCAGUCUGGUUCCAGGUCUGGUGGUCAGUAAGGAGAAGAAGACCAAAGGUUUCUACAGCACCAUGGCCGAGCCGUCUGGCAUUCUCAGCGACCUGGUGCCCUACUCUAAAUACAAGAUGUUCAUGGUUGUGGCCAACAACCGCUUUGAGAGUCCACCCAGCAACACGGUGGAAUUCACCACCAAGGAGGGAGUGCCAGAUGCUCCGAGGUUCUUCAGGAUUAACCGGAGAAGUUUCGACACCGUCCACCUCGAAUGGGACAAACCUCUGGAGCCCAAUGGCAUUCUGAUUGGAUACCAGCUCAAGUACCAAACAGUCAAUGGCUCCAGGUUGGGUCGUCCCCAGUUGGAGACUUUACUUCCUAAUGUGACAGAGUUCACCCUCCGCCUGCCUGACCGAUCUACCCGCUACAAGUUCUACCUGUCAGCACUCACCCAGGUGGGAGCAGGGGAGGUCUAUGCUGAGGAGUCCCCACACUUCGCCAAUGAAGAAAACUUUACUGAUGCUACAGGUCUAGUCGAGCUUACCGACGCCUCCGUGGCUUCAGCUUUUACUCCUACUCCUCCUCCUCUUGCUCCUCUUCCUCCUACUACCAUCGCUCCUACAACCAUUAGUACCUCAACUUCUACCACUCCUACAGCUACAACCUCUACUACUACUACUACUACUACUACUACUACUCCUUCUACCACCACCACUACAACUGAGGCGACCACUACCAUCACACCUCCUGUGCUGGUCACCACCAAGCAUACUGAUCAGAACGUGUUGGUGGCCCCUGGGCGGGAGAUCUCGAAUCUGACGGUGGAGCCUAACAGUAACUACGCUAACGUCAGCUGGAGACACAACUUCCCGGCCGGCAGCAGCGAGUUUGUGCUAGAGUUCACACUGGACAGCAACAAGACGGUGAAAGUUGUACCGGUGAAACAACAGCCCCCCAUUACAGUGGCGGAUCUGAUCGCAGGCGCCAAGUACCAUCUGAGGGUUUACUCCCAUGAGCUCAACAGCGUCAGCAGCAAAUCUGUCACCUUUAAGACCAAAGCAGCCUACAUAGACCAGGUAGACAUAGCCACUCAAGGCUGGUUCAUUGGCUUGAUGUGUGCCAUCGCCCUCAUUAUACUGAUCCUCCUCAUCGUCUGCUUCAUCAAGAGGAGUCGCGGGGGCAAAUACCCAGUCCGUGACAAAAAAGAUCUCCCCUUGGACCAAGUAGAUCAGAAAGACCAGGAGGGAUCCUUUGAUUACCAAAAUGGGUCAUCUGUCCCUGACAGGAACGAAAACGAGAACAGCAGCGAUGAGGACAACAAGCCUCUGCAGGGCAGCCAGACAUCGCUGGACGGCAAUGUGAAGGAAAGCGACGACAGCCUGGUGGACUACGGCGAGGGUGGCGAUGGCCAGUUCAACGAGGAUGGCUCUUUCAUCGGCCAGUACACUGUGAAGAAGGACAAGGAUGAGACGGAGGGCAAUGAGAGCUCUGAGGCCACCUCGCCCGUAAAUGCCAUCUACUCGCUGGCAUAGCGCCAUAGCAGCACAUGGGGGACUCAGUGGCACCCUCUGAUUUGAGGGCCAAACCACGACACCAUACACCAGACACAAACACACACACACGAAUAUAUUAAUAUAUGAAACACAUUAAAUACAGUCUGGAGACUGUGUAGGCUUUCCUCUGCAGUUAAGUAACGGGAAAACAGAAGUGGAAUUAGACCACAAGCCUUUGUUUUAUGUUUCCAGCUCUAAGAAAUUGGCCCCUUGGAGAUGAAGUUUGGACAAAGUGGACAGUGCUCGUUUUCCUCUGCGCUCUGCCUACCCACACAGACUUGAAGUGUGCCUUCAGGGCAGCUUUCAGCACUAGGAGAAAUCAAUAAGUGUUCUAUAGAGAUUUUUCUUUGGUUAAUUUCUGCUCCGAACAUUUUCAGUGUCUGUGCUCUCCUUCCUGAUAUGCCCGUCAUACCUCUGUGUAGCAUCCCAGUAAAGUACACACAAGAGGUCCCUUACACACACACUGGCCCCGUCCUGUAACAUAUCAGCUUCUAACCAUCAAACUCAACAGGAUGCCGGCAGAUAUGUUUAUCAUAUUGAUAUUUACGCAAUGAAAGAUUUUAGUUUUUCCACAGCUGGUAGACGAGUCAUUGAAUCUUAAUGAGUGCUGUAUAUAGUCCUGGCACACAUUUUAGUGCCCUGCAAAACUAUGCACUGUCACCUCAUUCAUACCAUUUUGGGUUUAAUCUGGUUAGUAAAAGUACACAUUUUGGGUUUCUUUUUUACCACUUGCAGGAAUCAAAAAUCUCAUGCUUUUAUUCACUUUGCCUUGUAUGAUGUGGUAGAUAUGUUUUUCUUAUCUCUAAUCCAAUGUUGUAGUGCAGAUGUUCAAAAUGGCCGCCACAAAAAAAGCUUUUUCUGCCACAAGCAGCGAGCUCUGCUACAGUAUGUUGUGAAUGAAUCCCAAUUUUUAAAAGAUGAUGAAUAUUAUUUUGGAGCAUGGUAGUAACUUAGUGCAAGAGAAAUGGGAAGGCAAUAGAGAGGAAAGUUAGUUUUGCCUGAGAAACACCAUUAGACCACAACUCAAUUAAUUCCCUAGUUAGCAUGCAGGCUAAUGCUGCAUUCAUGUCAAAUGGGAACAACUGUUGGUUAACAAUUAAAAUGCCGACAGUUGUGCCUCUUUGGAGCUGUAAAGCUAUGUUACACACAUGAAUAAGUGAGCACUACUUUUGAAAGUAUGUUUUAUACCAAACCAAACAUUGCAACGUCAAUCCAACAUGGUGAUCACAUAAUCUCUUACUGUGACAAGAAAAUGGGUUUUAAAAAAAUGUAUAUAUCUACAACUUACCUACUUUUAUUUUUUCAAUUGUGACACCAGAAUUCUGGAAGUUUGGGGUCCCAACCCCAAAGUUCCCAAUUAGGUUUCAGCUCCUGUAAGCUGAGAUGUAUAAAGUUUUCAAGUUGGAAGCUAAUGUCUACGUUCUCUCCUGUGGGACAUGAAUGCAGCAUGAGAGGGGGGGAUCCGUAAGGUGUGUUCAGACAAAUUUUUUGCCUUGCAUUAUUCGCACAAAUUUCACCACUGGAUUGUUUUUGCAGUCUGUGUUUAUUCGCCUUAAACAACCAAUGUACAGAUGUUAGCUGUCAGCUAGCUAGUAACAUAUGUACCAACCUCCAGUUCUUUCUGUUACUUUCCUCCAGAACUCUCUCCUUUGUUUCUUGUCUCCGUAUGUUCAUGAAUUGGAGUCAUGAAGACUUGGAAUAAGCGUAAAUGUUUUGCUCAAGUUGAAUCAUUUUCAACUUACAUGGAUACGUCUUUGGCUCAAUUCAUGUGUGUCCUCUCAUGUCCUUUGCAUUGACUUUAUAUGCAAUCGCACAGCCUCUAAAAGUCUCUUCGUGUUUAGUCUGAACCCACCUUUUCAGAGGGAUCUACACCUUUCCUUCCCUCUAGUUUUAGUAAACUCAAUGAAUUUGUUAAUCAUUACUGAUGAUAAAAGACAGCGUUACUUGAAUACUUGAAUUAAAUUACAAGAUUUACAGCAUGAAAAUAUAGACAUUAAAUUCACAGCCACCUUUGAAAUGAAAUGUAUCAGCUUACUUUUUAGUUUUUGCAGAGGAAGAAAGAAAAAAAUUGAGUAACAAUGUAACAAGUACAUAUGCUCAGUAUUUCACUUGUCCUACAACCAUAUUUGUCAUGUAGUCAUUCUGUCAGCAGACUGAUGGACUGACAGUCAAUUAAUUGCUUGGGUUUCUUUAUUUUACACUAAAUGAGUGCUCAAUGGUUUCAUCACAUAAUUUUGGCACUCAAAAUUGGUACUGUAGUUACCUGCUACUAACAGCACUAUUAAACCUUCCAAUGCUAAAUCAAAUAGAUCUUUACUGCAGUUAGCGACUGGAGUUCACAUUGUAUUUCAAAUAUUUAUUUUAUAUUUCUAUUUAUUACAUUAUGUGGAUAGUAUUAAUAUAUUAGUCAUUAAUUUAAUCAUUGUUAUAUACACGUUUGACCAACUUAUUAUGUUGUUUCACACCAGAAAUAGCCAAAAUAAAGAUAUCUGAUGUUAUUGUUCAUCAUGAGAGGCGUUAAACACAACAGUAUGUUCAAGAUAUUUUUAUAGCAGCUGGCUUUUCUGCUGUAAACAAAACAAAAACAAAAGAACAUCUGUCAUCGUACAUGAAAAAGGUCAUGUUUAUCUGUCCAUAGUGCUGCUCUUCUCUUACUCAUGUUGUAUUACUGUUACUCUGUGUUGUUAUUCAGAUUUAUGUAACAUAACUUUUCCACCACGGAAAUAAUUAAUAUUGUUGCCAAUUAUUUAUUUGACAUAUAUUCUGUACAUGUAGGUCCUGAAAAAAAUCUCUUAUCCUUGUAAAUAUUAAGUCAAUUUCCCCAGAAAAAUGCUUUAUCCGAAAAGGAAACAAAAAGUCACAAAUCUGUAUCCACCAAGCAAAUGCGACAGGUGCAUCUUUUGUCUGUCAUGCACCUUUGUAACGUAGCUUUGACUAACAUUUGCACUCUGAAAAAGUAACAAGAAUCAUCCUUCACUCUAUGUUGCCCUUUGUUUUGACAUUGUGAUAUAUGGUACUGACUGUGGCAAGUCUAUCAGUCACUUGUUUAAUGAUGGUUUGGAUUCUAUAUUGUGGAAGAGUACACUUUAGAUUCUCUAUGAUGUAAAUAAAAUGCAAGUGCUCCGGCAAUAUACCGUUUGUAGCAUUGUCGCACACAAGCUGCUAGUAGGCCUAAAAAACAUGCAUUCACUGAGGUAUUGGAACUCCCCACCUUUAAACUGUUAUACAUUUGUCAUCUUUCUGAGACUGCAUAGACUUCCCAUAAUGCCUUCCAUCUAGUAUGCCUAUUGUUGCAUAGCUAGUCCCAUUUCAGGGGUCACCUCCGAGGACUUAAGUCUGCUCCUCCUGUCAAAACUCACACAGACCAAAACUAAAGCUCAGAUGAAGGUCCACGUAACGUCAAUUUAGUCAUCUGCCCAUGGCCUGUUCACUGCAGGGGCAACUAUGUAAUUGUUAUGCUCUUUGGUAGGUGAGUGAAGUAAGCGGUUGCGGGACAUACAACAAUGUAAGAAGUUUUCAUGAACCCUGAUUGGUGCCAGUUGGUGGCCCAAAACCAGUGCAAUAAUGAUCGCCAGCACUGCCAGCAACCCCUGAAAGUACCUGGCACUUGCAUUUAGUAUCACCUCCUGAGUCCCUAAAUUUAGUAUCAGAAACUCGUCCCCAAAACAGGCAUGGAACAGUGGCAACAGAAACAGAACAUGAGACGAUGAAUACAGUUAGGUUACGUUACAUUACAAUAGUGGAAAAGGGUUAGAAGUGGUAAAUACCAGUGAUAAACCCGGGUAAGAUCACUUUAAUACAUGAUGGACAACUGACAAACACUGUAGCAGGUAAAAAGGCAAAUGUAUUCAUAUAACUGUCAUUGAUCUUGAACGCCCUGUGAUUAACAACAUUUUUGGUAAUUCCCAGCAGUCAUUAUUUACAUCCUGCAGUGGCUUCACAUUAGUCAACUUUAUCUGAUAUUAUUAUAAGUUGACCAGGAUCGCCUAAAUGCAUAAUUAAACAUGUGACCCAAUCAAUUGAUCAAAUUUAGGCAAAAUUUAGGCUACAAUUCUUGGCUCAUUUGGGAGAGCCUUUGAAUUAGGACAUACCUUGUUGAUCCGUUAUGAAAUUUUCAAUCUGCAGACGGAGGAGGCCCCUACAAUGGAACACAGCCUAUGCCCUGGUGACAGGCGGCCAUUUUGAAAACAGUUCUGGCCUGGUAUAUCUCACCCCUUUCAAAAGAAAGAGUGUUUGAUUCUCCAAAAACACAAUCUCUCUGUCACUAUUUUCCUCUUUCAAAAACUCCCUGUUCCCUUAUGUUUUUCUGCAGAAACUCAAAGCAAUAUCCUCUGAGUUUUAAUCAGUUGGGUGUUUUCUCUGAUCCCAUUGUUCUGUCUUGACAAAAACAGGAGGCCGGUAUAGAAGAAAACAGGAAGAAAAAGCACUGAGAGAUCCAUCAUUGGGUUGGUACGUCGGGCCGAACUUUCUCACUGGACUCGUUGAAAGUGUUUUCUUCAUGAUCUGGCCUGGAAACCUGUACCCCUCUCUUCCCACAUGGCCUUUCUCUUUCCCCCUAAGUGGAUCACAGUGGGGAAAUGUAAACUGGCUAUAUAACAAAGAAAAUAGAAUUGUGCAUAUGUGCUGAUACACAGUGCUUUUUUUCUUGUCCUUUUGUUUGUGCACGUUGAUUUGAGGUGCGCACGGAGUCGAGCGUCUCUCUUUACUGUCCGCAUCGACUCAACUCACCUUUCAUGGGGGAAAAGAAAAUGCCAAUGUGCAGUUUUACAGCUUUGUGUUUUUCUUCAUUUCAAAAUGCUGCAAAGUCUAGAAUUUUACUGGUGCACAUAUAAGAUUUGCAACUGGAUUUUUUAAAUGAUUGAUCACAUGCUGUUUGGCUUUUUUUUUUAUGAAUUCUCAUAUUAGCAUCUUCUUGUUUUUAACAUGUGUAUCAGAGCAGCUGGUCAAAGUCUCGCUUCGACACGCAAAAUUACAGCUUUUGUAAGGUACAUACUCAACAGAAAAUGGCAUAAAUAUAUUCACCAUGUAUGCGUGUAUGAUGAGAUGUUGCAACUUCUGCUAGCGACGCCUUCUUUAUAGUAAAGCUAUCUCCUUUUCUCUA